AUGGCGUUUCGGGAUUCGCCUUCUAAGGUCAUUCUUUCCCUGAGGGGGCUUUCUGUACUUUUCCUAAUAGCAUCAACCAUACUCCUUAUUAUGGAUAAGUCGUCCGGUUCUAACAAAAAAGGCAACUACCGCAUCCGCUAUAAGGAUUUCUCUAGCUACAAAUACAUGGUUGGUACUGGUGUCAUUGGCAUUGCAUAUAACUUCUUGCAAAUAAUUUCAUUUGCAAUCUUCCGGAUGUUGAUGAACAACGAUAGCGACGUAUACCGCCUAAUUGAAUUUUAUGGUGACAAGGCUGUAUCAUACAUUUUAGCCACAGGGGCAGCUGCAGGAUUUGGCGCUACCAUAGAUUUGAAGAAAGUACUUCAAAAUGCUGAUGUACCACUUGACUUGAGCGGAUUUUUCAAUAUUGGAUAUGCAUCAACUCUCCUUCUCUUCCUCGCAUUCUUGUGCACUGCAAUCUUGUCUAUUUUGUCUUCCUAUGCACUCCCAAAGAAAGAAAGUUUAGCUGUUAAUAAAGGACCAGCAAAUGCUUCUUUUUCAAUAUUGGGUGCCUAA